GGACCGCGAGUGCGAGCAGGAGCAGCGGCGGCCGCCGAGGCGCGCUGGUGCCACCGGCGGCGGCGGGGAGAUGGACCCGGCGCCCUUGCUGGGCUGCAGCCUCAAGGAUGUGAAGUGGAGCUCGGUGGCCGUGCCGCUCGACCUGCUGGUCAGCACCUACCGGCUGCCCCAGAUCGCGCGGCUGGACAGCGGAGAAUGCAUAGAAGGACUGCGGGAGAAUGAUUACCUUCUGAUUCAUUCAUGUCGGCAGUGGACCACCAUCACUGCCCAUAGUCUGGAAGAGGGCCACUAUGUCAUUGGGCCAAAGAUAGAGAUCCCAGUACAUUAUGCAGGGCAGUUCAAGCUGCUGGAACAGGACCGAGAUAUAAAGGAGCCUGUGCAGUAUUUCAACAGCGUGGAGGAGGUGGCCAAGGCAUUUCCUGAGCGUGUGUACGUCAUGGAGGAAAUAACAUUCAACGUGAAGGUUGCUUCUGGUGAAUGCAAUGAAGACACUGAGGUUUACAACAUAACCCUGUGUACCGGGGAUGAGCUCACCCUGAUGGGGCAGGCAGAAAUACUGUACGCAAAGACUUUCAAGGAGAAGUCCCGCCUCAACACAAUCUUCAAAAAGAUCGGGAAACUCAAUUCGAUCGGCAAGCUGGGAAAAGGCAAGAUGCCAUGCCUCAUCUGCAUGAAUCACAGGACCAACGAAAGCAUCAGCCUCCCAUUCCAGUGCAAGGGCAGAUUCAGCACCCGGAGUCCCCUGGAGCUGCAGAUGCAGGAGGGCGAGCACACCAUCCGCAACAUUGUGGAGAAAACCAGGCUCCCUGUGAACGUGACCGUGCCGAGCCCGCCGCCCAGAAACCCGUAUGACCUCCACUUCAUCCGAGAGGGGCACCGCUACAAGUUCGUGAACAUCCAGACGAAGACAGUGGUGGUCUGCUGUGUGCUGCGCAACAACAAGAUCCUCCCCAUGCACUUCCCUUUGCACUUGACAGUCCCCAAGUUCAGCCUCCCGGAACACCUGGUCAAGGGAGAGGUGUGGCCUGAAACCCUGGUCCAUCACUGGCUGGGUAUCUGCCAGGAACAGUUUGACAUCGAUGAGUAUUCCCGGGCUGUUCGUGAUGUGAAAACGGACUGGAAUGAGGACUGCAAAAGCCCCAAGAAGGGCCGGUGCUCUGGCCACAACCAUGUGCCCAAUUCCCUCAGCUACGCCCGCGACGAGCUCACCCAGUCCUUCCACAGGCUUUCUGUCUGUGUGUAUGGCAACAAUCUCCAUGGUAACAGCGAGGUGAACCUCCACGGCUGCAGGGACCUAGGGGGAGAGUGGUCUCCUUUUCCUCAUGACAUCCUGCCCUAUCAGGACUCCGGGGACAGUGGGAGCGACUACCUUUUCCCAGAAGCCGGGGAAGAGUCUGGAGGCGGCCCAGGGAGGGCCGAGCUUCCCUACGAGGAGCUGUGGCUGGAGGAAGGCAAGCCCAGCCGCCAGCCCCUCACACGCUCGCUGAGUGAGAAGAGCAGAUGCGACCCGUUGAGAGGCUCUGUCCGCUCCAAAUGUGCAACUUCUCCUCUUCCCAUCCCUGGGACUCCGGGAGCCAUGAUGAAGUCUUCAGAAAUUGCCCUACCUCCGCCUCCAGUGCCUCCCAAAUCUGAAGCCGUCAGGGAAGAAUGCCGACUCCUGAACGCCCCACCUGUUCCGCCCCGAAGCGCAAAGCCUUUGUCCACAAGUCCCUCCAUCCCUCCUCGCACAGUCAAGCCAGCGCGACCACAGACUCGCUCUCCCAGCCCCACCUUGUCCUACUAUUCUUCAGGGCUGCACAACAUCAGCGCUACUAAAAGUGACACGAGCCCUUCCGAAAGUGCUCCCGUUUCCUGCUAUCCGUGUAACCGGGUGAAAGCCGACGCCGCGGAGCCGAAGUCCCCGUUCGGAAGUCCCUCUGCGGAAGCCCUGUCCUCCCGGCUCUCGUGGCCUAACCAUUACUCGGGAGCGUCGGAGAGCCAGACCAGGAAUGACUUCCUGCUGGAGCCAAGCCGGAGUUACAGUUACCCCAGACAGAAGACACCCGGCACACCAAAGAGAAACUGCCCAGCACCUUUUGAUUUCGAUGGCUCCGAGCUCCCGAGCAGCACCCCCAGCGCAGUCACUGCAGAAGCCAGCAGCGGUGCUCUGGGUUGUCCCAAGUCAGCCAGCUACUCGCUGGAGAGCACAGAGGAGAGCACCCUCGCAGCGGGCGUGACCAAGCAGAGCGUGUCCUGCCCUGCCUUACCCCCCAGGGCCCCAAAGCCGGUGGAACAGAAAGCGGCUGCAGAAACAUCUCCUUUGCCUCUGAAAAUUGAUGGUGCUGAGGAGGACCCCAAGUCGGGGUCACCGGACCUCUCCGAGGACCAGUACUUUGUUAAAAAGGGCGUGCAGGACAUCUUCUCCAUCUCUUACCCUUUCUCCUCUCCGCUGCACCUCCAGCUAGCCCCCAGGUCCUGCGGGGACGGCUCCCCGUGGCAGCCACCCGCCGAGCUGUCAGGGCUCUCUAUAGAAGAAGUGUCCAAGUCACUACGGUUCAUUGGUUUGUCCGAAGACGUCAUAUCCUUCUUUGUCACUGAAAAGAUUGAUGGGAAUUUGCUCGUUCAACUAACAGAAGAAAUCCUUUCAGAGGAUUUCAAAUUAAGCAAACUUCAGGUGAAGAAAAUAAUGCAAUUCAUCAAUGGCUGGAGGCCCAAAAUAUAGCCAAAUAAACCCAGCUAGCAUGGAACAAAACUGAUAAAUGUGUGUGCUAGAAGGGGUGGGCUGGGACACAAUGUCAUGUUUUUGCACUAAAACCUUCUCUGUAAAUAGGGAUAAGAGAAACUCUUACUAUGCAGAUUACAUUUUUGAAUGGUGAACAGGCUAUUUUGUACAUCAAUAAAGAUACUGUACAGAACACUUAGAGGUGUGCCUUGUACGUCACUCAACACCCAACAGCUGCUAAAGAACAAAACAGGCAUAUUCAGAGAGCUCAUUCUUACCCCACUAGGUUUAUUUGAGAAGGUGUGAUAUUUAUUACAAAAUAGCCAAAGCCGAAAGACAUCAGAAUCUUUAAAAGAAAGAAAGAAAAGAAAAACCAUUUUUGAGCAAUUCCCCUCUUCGGGAAGAGUUCAUGUUAGACAAUUCUCUAUAUUCUGUGCUCUGUUGUUUGGCUUGCUUAAUGCUAACUGUUUUACUUUUGUGCCUGAAAAUGUUAGUGAUAUGAAAUGACACUUUAAUGUUAUAUGCUUGGUGGGUGGGGAUCUUUUUAUUAAAAGGCGUUUUCCUAGUCAUGUUGAUAAAGGAUAUAUGAUUUCCUUAGAAGUAAUACAAUUCAUGACCACAAUAAUUGAUCUAACUGCUGCUAGAUUUUAUUGCGCAGAGAAAAAAAAUGAAAUAUAUAUAUAUAGGGGUGUGCGUGUGCGUAUCUAUAUAUGUAUAUAUGUACACAAUACACACUUGUGUAUUAUGUUUUAAACAUAAUUUUGAAUCUGAUAUUUUAGAUAGUCACUUUCAAAUAUCCAUUGAGGUUUUGGGACCGUAAACUACGCGGAUUCUCUAAGGAACAGUGGACAGAACGAUUCCAGAGAUUCUCAGAAACGAGAACUUGGAAGCUCAGGCUUAGUAGGCUUCGCCACUGAAAACUUGGAAGGAACCACUAAAGAUCUGAACUGAAGAAUUACGUGUGAUGUAAGCCCAUGGUAGGGUUGGUUUUUGUGUUUCCGUGCCAACAUCUGGAGAAAUUAGUUUAUGUUGAAUGACCAUUCUCAGCCUUGAGGGACUUCUCCUGUGGCGUCUGCUACUGAGGAGGAUGCCUCAGCGCGUGUGAGGUGUUCCCAACAUGCUUCUUGCUUUAAAAGAACUCAGAGGUCAGACACACCACCCUUCUCUUGGUGUGCUCCAUCAGUGGGUAAUUCCUAAGAUAUCAUCGAGAGAACGUGUUAAAUUUCAUAAGCUUCUCUUUCCUCUCUCAUAAGGAAAAUGCAUCCCUGCUUAUAUUGUGAGAAUCCCAGGAUGGUAGUGUGAGAAUGUUUGCUAAAUGUAGUUGAAACUCCAAAUAUAAUGCCGUCAUUCUCCUUCUUGACUUCUUGAAGGACUGUGAACCUUAGAAAAGUUUUAGUCCUCUGAACAAGGGAUCCUCCAAACAGCCCCUGAGCCUGUCCCCAGAUUCUGAACAUGUCGCCUGUGACUGACGUACACACUGUGGCCUCCUGGGUGGAGCGGAUCAGCCCCAGGGUGUCCUCAUGACUUCGAGGAUUGUGUCGUUUUAUGCUCUCCCCUUUCUGCUCACCAAAACAAACAUUUAAAGACGAGACCCUCCAGUCUGGGCUGGUGGCCCUGUGAAAUGCAUCUUUAUUUCGUGGCAUUAGAAAGCUGUUUUUAAUUCAUGUCAUGGUUUAGAGUUGAAUUAAAUUGAUACCUGUUCGAAUUUUCCAGUGUAGGGCUCCUUUUUAAGUAAACAAAAAGGUUUUCUUUCCCUUUGUUCCUGACCUGCAUCCCGUAAUGUAAAUACUAAUGCUCCUUGUGAAAAGAAUACCCGGUAAAAUUUUCCCCUGGAGGCCUCUUCAGAACUGACAGAUCUGUGAAGAUGUGUCCAGCACUCCUACCCAUACCCCCCGCACCCAUGAAGCUCCCGGGAGAGGGCCUAACGCCUCAGCAAGUUAUCCCCGCAGAGCUUCUCUUUGAAUAAAAACAGGCGAGGCGCAAUUGAAAAGCUGCGUAUUUGCAGUGACAAGCGCUGGCCCCUUCAGUUUUGAAGCACCCAGCUCUGGGAUGUAGUUUCCAACUCAGAAGCAAGGACCCCGGCUGGUUCGGGUUACUGGGUAGGUUGUUCUGCGUAAGCACUGACUCCUUUUAUCUUUUUUUCCUUUGCAGAAACCCCAUACAAAAGAGGGUUGUUGUCUUUUUGCUCAUGUGUUUAUGUUGGUCUCAGCCUAUUUAUGCCUCGCUUACACUGACCGGUGCCCUGGAGACCCCUUGAAGGCAGAGACUGGCCUUGACGCGUGUGUGCAUUGUAUGUCCGCUGCGCACCUUUUGUCGGCCGCGCUCGUCUUCACCAAAGGCUCAGCUCCUGCCGUCUCCAAACUCGCGUUGUUCAUGUUUAAAUUCACAGCUGCUGACCCCGCAUACGUGUGGGUGAGAGCGACACGGGCUCCCAGGCAGCUGAAUUACGGAGAGAAGCGGGCCCCGUCUCAGGCGUCCACAGACGAGCCGGGCAGCUCCAGUGAGGUAUCAAACACCGUGGCCAGUAGAACCUGGUGUAGGUUGAGGCAGAAAGCGUCUUUCCCUUUACUCUAGUAUUUUCUAAAAAAUUGUCAUACCUUCUGGCAUCUCUAAAGUGCCACAAACAAUGCGAGUCGCCGUUCUUGGGCUGAGCACCUGCCCGUGGGGGACUUGACUGGUCAAGGCACCUGUAGCCACAGCAUCACGACGAGCGGUGUAGAGCAAGAGUAGGAGGCAAACAGCACUUCCUCUCCGGGGCUGUGACCUCACGGGAGAGCGAGCGGUCCCCCCAGACAGAAGCUUCUCUCGGUCAGGAAGGAGUGCACCUUUCCUGGCAGGUUCCCCGCAAUCAGAAGAGUGCCUGGGGUUCUUGGGGGGAAGGGGCUGUCUGAACGGGACCUUUGCUUGAGUCCAUAAAUUCGUGGCUAAAGUCAUCUUCAUGGCUCCCAUCAGGAAAGAAGUACAGCAAUAAACCAGACCAAGCAGCUCAGAUGUACAAAGUGGACCCAACUCAGAGGGAAAACUCAAACACACAGAUCAGUUGCUCCUCAGAAUCUUGGAAGCGCUUGUAAACGCCGGCAAGUUAGCUCUUCUUGAAGUUGAACUGCUCAACUUUCUGCACUGGGAAAUGCAUACUUACACCCUUUCAGCGCCCCCACACCACUCGGUGUGCGCAGUUGUAGCGAACCGCCCAUUCAGCUGAAUUGCAGUGUUCAUUGUUUCCUACAGAAAUGCAACAGUCUAUGGCAAACAGUAUGACAGCCCAUCCCAGCUGACUCCAGACACGCACAAACACCUCUGCCCACACUGCGCGGCACCCUGCACAUCCCGUUCCCCUCCCUGGGAAGUGCGGGGGGCUGCUACGGAUGGAUAGUGAGUCCUUCACUUUCCAAACACCAUUGGUGUUUUCAAAUUUGUCUCAUUGUGAUAGCCAGGGACAAGAAGUCAACGUGAUUUCAGUUAAAACUGUACACAGAUGUCUUCUGUAGUUUUGCUGCUCUAAACUCUAGGCUAUGAGUUUUCUAAGAGAGCUUAUCAGAUUGUGCGUUCCCUGUUUACAAUCUCAUGCAGGAAGGCUCAGAUCAUUUCUUAGCUAUAAGCUUUUUCUCCCGUUUUCAUACAUAAGUUCCAUUUCAAAUACUGAUUCAGCUAAGUCUAAACAUUGAACUCAAGAAUUUCAGUAGUUUUCCUUACAUGGAAAUGGUGUAUUCUUUUCGAAGAAUUUUGUAACCAUCUUUACAGUUUCUUGGCUUGGAAAACUUGGGUUGUUAGCUACAAGUUAACAGUUGUGUUGCUUUCUAGCGCGUUAUCUAAGGGGCCCAAUGUGUACCUCAAGAUAAACACAGUAUGUUAUGUCUAAAGAAAUGUUCAUUGUCUGUUGAUUUAAAUGGUUCUGAAAUGUCUAUGAAUAAAGAAAUUAUCAAAGUUG